AUGUUCACCUUCACGCCGCUGUUGGGCGCGCAGUCCGAGUCAGCUGCCUCGCAGUCGCUGCUGGAGCUGGAUGGAGGCGUCAAGAUCCUCGUUGACGUGGGCUGGGACGAGUCUCUGGACGCCGACAAGCUCGUCCACAUUGAGCAGAACGUGUCAACCAUCUCGCUCAUCCUCCUUACCCACCCUACGCUAAACCACCUGGGCGCAUUCGCGCAUUGCUGCAAGCACAUCCCGCUCUUCUCAUCCAUCCCCGUCUAUGCCACUACUCCGGUCGUGUCGCUUGGUCGCACUCUCAUCCAGGACCUGUACGCCUCGGCUGCCCACCAAGCUUCAAUCGUCCCUGCCUCAGCUCUGGCCGAAUCGCUCCCCAAGUCUCAAGUUCUCGCCAACUUCCUGCUCCAACCUCCUACCGCCGAUGAGAUCGCCUCCUACUUCUCUUUGAUCAACCCUCUCAAGUACUCCCAGCCUCACCAACCUAUCCCAUCGCCAUUCUCCCCACCUCUCAAUGGCCUCACCAUCACCGCUUACAACGCUGGUCAUACUCUUGGUGGUACCAUCUGGCAUCUACAACAUGGCCUCGAAUCUAUCGUUUACGCUGUUGACUGGAACCAAGCANAAGAGAACGUCUUGUCGGGUGCCGCUUGGCUGGGUGGAGCUGGUGGAGGUGCUGAGGUAAUCGAGCAAUUGCGCAGACCUACUGCCUUGGUGUGCAGUACGAAAGGUGCCGAUCGAUCACAUCUCUCAGGAGGUCGUAAGAAGCGUGACGAUGCACUACUCGCAUUGGUUAAUCAGACCAUCUCAAACGGCGGCACUGUUCUGAUCCCCACAGACUCGAGUGCUCGCAUGCUCGAACUGGCUUACAUCCUGGAACAUCACUGGCGACAGGGAACCAAUGGUCCGAACCAAGAACUUUACAAGAACACUAAGCUGGCCUUUGCCGCGAAGUCGGCUUCUGCCACGCUUCGAUAUGCCCGGAGUAUGAUUGAAUGGAUGGACGAUGCGAUUGUUCGCGAGAUGGAGGCUGCCGUCCAAGGGAAGUCGGAAAACACCCAAAAGAGCCAGACUGGCCGUGACGAAGACACUCCCUUCGACUUGAGAUAUCUCAAACUGGUCGAGAAGAAGACGCAACUACAUCGCAUUCUUGACUCUGGGAAGCCCGCUGUUAUCCUAGCAAGUGACAAGUCUCUUGAAUGGGGCUUUUCUAAUGAUGCCAUCCGGAAGAUUUGCAACGACCCAAGGAACCUCGUCGUUUUGACCGAGAGAGCUGCGAACCCAUCACCAGAAAACAAGGGUAUCGGCCGCUUUUUGUGGGAGUGCUGGCGCCAGGCGGUUGAAUCACGAGAUGAGGACGCAAAUGUCGUGGAAGUGUCGGGCGCGCAAGCUCAAGUACGCCAGUUGGAUGUAGCACGUCUCGAAGGUGAUGAGAACCUCCUCUACCAACAAUACCUGGCUCGUAGACGUCAAAUGCACAGCACACUGCAAGGCGACAACACGCUCACAAAAGAAAACGCAGCGGAAUUGGCUGAUGACGGCUCAUCGACCAGCUCUGAAUCCUCUGAUGAAUCUGAAAAUGAACACCAAGGAAGAGCACUCAACAUUUCUGCAACUAUGACACACAGGCGGAAAGUAGGUCUGACAGAUGCUGAGCUUGGCAUCAAUGUCCUCCUACGACGCAAGAAUGUUUACGAUUAUGAUGUGCGCAACAAGAGAGGUCGCGAAAAAGUCUUUCCUUACGUCGCUAAACGUGGCCGCGCAGAUGACUUUGGCGAAGUCAUUCGACCAGAAGAGUAUCUUCGUGCUGAAGAGAAGGACGAUACAGAAGGCCAGGAUGCAGCAGAAGCCAAGACAGAAACUGCUGUUGGACAAAAGCGCAAAUGGGACGAGGUUGCACCUCGUGCUAUUCAAAAUGGGCGAACUGGCAAGUUCCCCGACAAGAGAAACAAGACCGAUGACCGAGAGUCUACGAACGCAAAGUCUACGAACCAGGAUCACGACAUGAAUGGCGACGCAGCUAGCGAGUCAGAGGAGUCCGAUUACGAGCCUGAAGAAUCCCUUCCGGAAGGACCACUCAAGGCUAUUUUCACCAAAGAAUCCCUGCAACUCAAUGUGAGAAUAGCAUACGUCGAUUUCUCUGGUCUACAUGAGAAGCGUGAUUUGCAGAUGCUUAUUCCACUUAUCCGACCGAGGAAGCUGAUUUUGGUGGCUGGAGAGGAAGCGGAAACUCUAGCACUUGCCGAGGACUGCAAGGCCUUGCUUGCAUCUGGUGAAGGCAAUGCUGUUGAUAUUCUCACUCCUAUCAUUGGUGAGACUGUUGAUGCCAGUGUCGACACGAAUGCAUGGACACUCAAACUCAGUCGAAAUCUGGUCAAGAAGCUCGCCUGGCAGAAUGUCAAGGGGCUUGGCAUUGUGGCUAUCACAGGUCGUCUCGAGGCUGUACAAAAGUUGCUCGCCGAUGCCAAUAGCAAUGGAGAUGAAGCUAUCAAGAGAAAGAAGCAGAAGAUGAUUGCAGGUGGUAACGAGACUGAUGCUCCUGACAUGGCUGAUGAAGCUGAUGUCGAGACCGAGCCUGUGCUUGAUGUGUUGUCGACCAACCCAUUGGCCAACAAUCAAGUCACAACACAGCCACUACAUGUUGGUGAUCUUCGACUUGCUGAUCUUCGAAAGCUCAUGCAAGCUUCUGGUCAUGCAGCAGAAUUCAGGGGCGAAGGUACACUGUUGGUUGACGGUGCUGUUGUUGUUCGCAAGACUGCUAAUGGCAGAAUUGAGAUUGAGGGAGGCAACUACAUGGCAUCUGCCGGACGCCGCGAAAGCGCAUUCUUUGCGGUCAGGCGCAAGGUGUAUGAGGGCCUUGCUGUGAUUGCCGGUAGUUGA